AUGGGUGCAGGCGAGUUUGGUCAUCGACAGGCGGGCGACUUCCAGCUGGCCACGCGGGCCGUCUUCCUCAAGCUCAAACGCAACAUCAACAUCGGAGUGAAGCACAAGCGCAUCCAGACAGUUGCUUGUGCAGUUGCUCGGCUGCGGCAGGAGAAGGCUCUCAAGCAUUGCUUCGAGAAGAGCGCGGUGGCCAUCGAGCUCUCCGGCGACAACAUAGUUCAUGCGUCUGGAGGACACAUGUGGGGCGAGGUGGAGGUGAAGCAGGCGUGGCGCCCGUCGAAGAAGUACCGCGUACUGAGGAAGAACGUUGCGCAGCCAACAUUGGUGCAGCGCACCACCGUCAACCUGAGCCUCGUCAACCUCAGCCGCAAGGAGGGGAGGCAGUUUCAAACGUAUUGGGUAUCUCAGCCCACGGAGGCCGGCGGCACGAAGGCGAUGCAUUUACUUCCUGGCAUUCUGAAGGGCAUGCCAGAGCAGUGGGAUUUCCAAAAGGUAGCGAAGCUGACCGAGACGCUCGGCGCAGUAUCGAGCCUGACGUUCAUGCCAAUGUGCGACAAGGCCAGCAGCAACGUGAGCAUCGUGAAGAUGUGGGCGGGCGCCGAGCAGCAGUUUAAGGAAGCGUUGCCCGAGCUUGGCAAGAAGUUGCUGUAUUUUCCAGAUGCGCGCGGUAUACAUUCACACCACCGCGGCAAGCUGGCUCUCAAAGGACUGCGCCCACACACCAUGAGACACUAUUCGAUAGCGUCGAUGUCUAGAUACAGAGGCAACCUCUCGCGGUGCAUCCACGGCAUCGAGAAUAUCGUUCAGUCUCAACUUCAUCGAGAGGUUGGCCCAGCCCCUCCAUUCCCCGACACGCUGGAACGAGUGGCGGACUUCCUCUACGACUUCAGCGCUGGUCACCUCAGACGACCAGGCAAGGGCGGCAAGGGCGACGGCGAGUCGCAGCUUCUGAAGGACCUGAAAGGUUUGACCGCCAUGGCCAACGGCAGCCUUACGGCAGAGAAGUGGACGCACUGGUGUUGGGACGCCUCCCUGCAGCGCCCGUGCUGCAGAUCGCUGCAGGACUCCGUGGAGAAGACGACGGUUGCAGCAGUCCACGCUCUUUGCGGGAGCGCGGAUCCGCGGCCAGCCGAAAGCCGUUGGAUUCAUUUACUUCCCAGCUUCAAGCGCACGUUGGUACGCAGAAUCCUACACAGAGUUGGGCUGGACUGCUUCGUUGAUACCAUCAAAGAGGGCGAGCUCGACGGACUGGGCGGGCAGCAGUUCGGCGUGGAUCAGGAGGGUACCGACGCGUUCUUCAAGCACAUCAUUCGGGUGCGGACCAAAAAGGUAAGGGACUACUACGCCGACGACCGCAACAUGUACAAGUUAGUUGUAUUCACGGCCGUUCUCGAGGCCAGCGAUGGCAACUUAUUGUAUCCACUUCUCGGCGAUGCGAUCAAGGAUAAGGCCGAGGAGAAGAGCAAAUUGGAUACGCUCCUCGGCGAGGACUCCGUCAUCGGGCGCUUCAGCCAGGACAUGCUGGGCCUUUUAGAUUCUUGGAACACUGGAGAUCGUGCGCGGCGCCCGUGGAUGCUACUUGAUAUUCUUGGCGCGCCCUUGACCGACCAGGUCUUUUCAAGAUGGGCCAGGGGGCAGAUUGUAAAGCUGACCACGGUCAUGCAUCGCAGGUACGAGAGUCGGUUCAGCGCCUGGCCUUAUAGGCUCUACCCUUUAUCACACGGCCGCUCCACGGAAGCAGACAAGAAGAGGGUAGCUCGUGAGGCACUCGACGCACCUGACUACAUGAUCGACUGCUACACCAGGGGGAUCCGCAACCUCUUCCCGUCGGACGCUGCAUUGUUAUCAACGCACUGCCGAACGGUUCUUGCUGCCGACUUCAGGGCGCAUUGCUACGGGACCGACAUGAUCGAGAGGCUGAACGCGCUAUACACAGCUCGCCACCCAGUGCGCGCUCCAGGCAGGAACGCGGUCAACGCAGAGCGUGAACAUUUCUUGGACCAGGUCAAGGCCAUCCACCAGAAGCAAGGCGGCGACGACCCCCUUGCAGUACGUAAGUUGGGCAAUUCGUCGUCAGUGGAGGCGGUCACUUACAUUCCUUUAUGGGACGGCGCUGCAUUCGGUUCGGUGCCAGUUCUACCUGCCCUCGGCGAUGCGCCUGCUCCGAUGGCGAUCGAGGAUGCGCCUGCGAACGCAGACGAGCAAGCCAUCGUCCCAGCAGCACCCGCAGCGGAGCACAGGAACUUCGAGGAGCCCAUCGUCGCGCGCAUCCCGAACCCGAACCUGCUACCAGGAGACCGCGCGGCCGGUGAAGAGGCCGAUGGCGAUGGCACCAAACGCGGGCUUAGCCGAUACAUGUUGGCGAAGAACCGGCACCUCGAAGAUGCUAGGAAGUCGAAAGGAUCACGGAUGACCUGGAGCGAAUGCUUAGCUCACGGCGAGGAGUUCCGGGAGCUCUAUGCAGAUGCAGAUCAAGAUGUCUACGCCGAAGCCUACACUGAUUGGCGGCAUAGUGGAGGUCAGCAUCAACAUGAGCAAGUACAACAACCUUACGAACUGUGGUGUGGAGGCGGCAGCAGAGCGAGCCCCUUUACGCCAGACGAGCUCUGCCAGUACAUCGUUCAGCACGGGUGGCCGAAGGACAGCGCCGUGUUCGACGUUGACCUCGUCGAGAGGAGGGCCACCCCAGAUUUCAAGACCAAGUUCACGGACACAGACGAGAUCGACCCUUGGGGUAUGUCACGUUCGGCGAGGAAUGCCGACAGACCUGGGUCGAGGGUUCCAGCAGCCUGGGAUGUCGUGGAAAAGGGCAUCUACAAUUUCUUGCUGUCUAUCAAUGCUGGCAAGGGCGAGGAUGACGCCUCGGACGUAAUGUUGAUCAUUGCAGGCCGAGCUGUCCACGGUGAUGGCCACAUGAGGUUUGCGAGCUUGGCCACCGACGUCACCUUCAACCCGCACGUUUUCGACGUGACGUUGAACGAGUUCGAGAAGCAUGCCGACGUAGUGUCGGAGGAGACGCGUCGGGAGUUGGCGCUACCGUCUUGGGUGAAUAUCGCGGAGCGGCAGAGCAGGGUCAGCGUCAGGCAUCGAGCUAUCGACACCAACACGUCGGACGAAUGGAUAAACUUACUCAUCGACAAGCUGCAGCAUAUGGACAUGUACAUCGCCGAUUACGAGAUCUGCCACGACACAGGGACGCUGAGGAGAUCAAAAAUCAUAGGUUUGAAGCUCAUCGGCCGCCUCUGGGAUCCAAGCAUGAAGAAACCUUUGGCAUUUUAUCGUCGAGGUGGAGGCGAUCCGAAGAUGCGCGAGGGCGACCCCUUCGGCGAGGAGGCCCAGGCGAUGGCAGACCGAGAUCUUGCACGGCAGCGCGGGGGCUGA